AUGCUUCCACUGGCUUGGUUUGAGGCCGACCACAGACUGGCCGUCGUCGCUGGCUCCGUAGCUCUAUGGCUUCUCGUCUCCCAGAAACACUCCGCCCCAGCGCCCCGGAGCAGCAUCGCCUUGGUUGUGGCUGUCCUUGGCAUCGCUGCGGUAAUCUGGAACCUUUGCGACAGCAUCGCUGGUUUACAAGCACAAGUCCAGCAGAUGCAAGCUCAGAUCGUGCGCUUGCAGAUCCAGGUCGCGCAGGCCCAGAGUGAGGUCGAGGUCGAUGCCCACUCCCGCAAUUUCUGGAAUGCUGCUGCAAUGGACCGGCUCGAGCUCGCUGUUCCGGCCCAACCGGCACCGGCACCGGCACCAUCCGAAAUCCUCUACUUUCUCAGCAGAGACGACCUGAACCAGCAGCAUAACCGAGAGCUUGCGCUGUACAAGUUUUCGCAACGGUGGAAGCUGGAUCUGCCGUUCCGGCAUGCACACAACAUUACCCGCCUCACCCUCGCCGGCAACCGGCUAUUCCCUCAGCAUCUCAGCGCCGACGACCUCGAAGCCCUGACGCUCCUGGGCAACCUGACAACCCUGGAUCUCUCGUUUUCGUCGCUCUCGGACCUGGGCUUUGUGCGGCACAUGCCGAACCUCAAGGUGCUGAAGCUUCGGCAAACCCACAUUCGCGACUUGUCGAUGCUGCGCUACGCCCAGCGUCUGCGGGAACUGGAUCUGUCGUGGACCCAUAUCGACAACAUCGAGCCGCUUGCCUCGCUGGCCGAUCUCGCCGUGCUCGACUUGUCCUUCACUCGAAUCGCCGAUCUGUCGGAUCUGGCACGGCUCGACAGCCUCGUCGAUCUGAAUCUCUUUUGGACCAGGAUCGACAGCGUUGCUCCUCUGUCUGGUCUCCGCAAGCUCAAGCGACUCAACCUGGGACUAACUCGGGUGGCUUCGUUGGAGCCGAUCGGGCUCAUGAGACAGCUCGAGGAGCUCGAGACCUACUUGCUGGGGAUUCGCCCCUCGCUCAUCAACUCGGUCAUCAAUAGCCAUCCGCGGCUGAAGAAAGCCAUCGAGAGGGGAUACCAUGAGUAG